CGCUUCGACACGGCCUUCUUCCUGUGCUGCCUGCGCGACCCGCCGCCCGUCUGCCCGGACUUGAGCGAGGUGGUGGGCUACCAGUGGUCAUCUCCGUUAGAGGCAACUGAAAGUUUCAUAUCAAAAGAAAUUUGGUUGGCACCCCCACAGUUCUAUGAAAUAAGAAGACUCGAAAACUUUGCCUCUCUCUCUGACUUGCACAAAUUUUGUUUGGAUCAUGUAUUAGAAGGGGUGGAAAGAUGGAUGCCGAUCAUGUUAUUAACUGCUGAUGGGCUCAUCUCGCUUUUACCAGGAGAUGAGCUGUACUUAGAAGAUUCAAAGUUCUUAGAAAAUAUUUUGUCCACUGAAAAAAAGACUGAAGAAAUCAUGAAGGAAGGCAAGAAAUUUCACCGAGUCGUGAUGUAUAAUAGUGGCCGUAUUUAUGGUAUCCUCGUGACUGUUCAGCCCAAGUAUAAACAUGUUUAUCCUAAGACCUAUGUAGUAAGUAAGAGCCAUUUGUAGUGUAUUGCUUAUUUGUAAGCUGGUCUACUUGAACUUGUCCUAAUAAAUAAUGAGGGAUAAUAAGACUUGCUUGGAACUUGAACUUUGUGCCUGUAAGAGUUAUAGUACAGUCUUUCUUAUUUGAAGUGUAUUGUGGAGUUCUCUUGCUUAUUUUAAACCUUACAGUGUCACAUAAGUAUGAAGUAUUCAUGAUCUUUUUACUGAAAUGAAAAAAAAAAAAUUCACAAUGAUUUCCAUUUCUGUAUUAUAGUUUUAUUAUCAAAAGUUUAAAUAAACUGUUGUAUUGUCAUUUUCUUUUAAAUGUCCAGUGUAUUAGCAUUUUCCUUGAUGUGCUUAGGAGAUUGAUCCCUGGAUUCCUUAGACUUUCUGCUGAACUUAAUUUAAGGGUGUCUGAUUACAUGAUAACAAGACACUUACAACCUUUGAGUGACAAUGUCAUUAUUUUUUUAAGUCUUUAGCUUGAUGAUUAAUGUACAAUUCUUUUGAAAACCAAAUGGUAUUAGUUAUUUAUUAGGUUUACCAAAUUGGAAAUCUAUCUUAGUUAAUAUUUUAAAGAAAUAUGAAGCCAUAUCAAAAGCUGUAAAUUUUAACUCGAGUGCUAGUUAAUGAAACAAAGAGGUUAGAGGGAUGUAGAAUUAUUCAUCAUUUAAUGGUAUUUAGUAGUGAUGUUUAUUUUCAUUAUUUUUAACAUGGGUAAGUUUUUCACCUCUUAAGGGGAAUAAUAUUGAUUAAAGAUGAGAAAUGGUUAAGACACCAAUUGUAUUUAAGAUCUUUGACUGUAUUAUGCAUCAUAAAAUGGAUUUCUUUUUUCAUGAAAUAUCUUAUUUUUUCUACUUACAAAAUAGAGGUAUUGAUGAAUUAA